AUGGCUUCUCCGCGGAGCUCCGGGCAGCCCCGGCCGCCGCCGCCGCCGCCGCCGCCCGCGCGCCUGCUCCUGCUCCUGCUGCUGUCGCUGCUGCUGCCGCUGGCGCCCGGGGCCUGGGGCUGGGCGCGAGGAGCCCCCCGGCCGCCGCCCAGCAGCCCGCCGCUCUCCAUCAUGGGCCUCAUGCCGCUCACCAAGGAGGUGGCCAAGGGCAGCAUCGGGCGCGGCGUGCUUCCCGCCGUGGAGCUGGCCAUCGAGCAGAUCCGCAACGAGUCACUCCUGCGCCCCUACUUCCUUGACCUGCGGCUCUACGACACCGAGUGUGACAAUGCAAAGGGGUUGAAAGCCUUCUAUGAUGCAAUAAAGUAUGGGCCAAACCAUUUGAUGGUGUUUGGAGGCGUCUGUCCAUCGGUCACGUCCAUCAUUGCUGAGUCCCUCCAAGGAUGGAAUCUGGUGCAGCUCUCCUUUGCUGCCACCACGCCCGUUCUGGCGGAUAAGAAAAAGUACCCUUAUUUCUUCCGGACCGUGCCCUCGGACAACGCAGUGAACCCCGCCAUCCUGAAGCUGCUGAAGCACUUCCGCUGGAGGCGCGUGGGCACGCUCACGCAGGACGUGCAGCGCUUCUCGGAGGUGAGGAACGACCUGACCGGGGUUCUGUACGGCGAGGACAUUGAGAUUUCAGACACGGAAAGCUUCUCCAAUGACCCUUGCACAAGUGUGAAAAAGCUUAAGGGGAACGACGUGAGGAUCAUCCUGGGCCAGUUUGACCAGCACAUGGCGGCGAAAGUCUUCUGCUGUGCCUUUGAAGAGAGCAUGUUCGGCAGCAAGUACCAGUGGAUCAUCCCAGGCUGGUACGAGCCUUCGUGGUGGGAGCAGGUGCACGCCGAGGCCAACUCGUCCCGCUGCCUGCGUAGGAGCCUGCUCACUGCCAUGGAGGGCUACAUUGGCGUGGACUUCGAGCCCCUGAGCUCCAAGCAGAUCAAAACGAUCUCAGGGAAGACUCCGCAGCAGUACGAGAGAGAAUACAACAGCAAGCGGUCAGGCGUGGGACCCAGCAAAUUCCAUGGGUAUGCCUACGAUGGCAUCUGGGUCAUUGCCAAGACUCUGCAGAGAGCCAUGGAGACACUGCAUGCCAGCAGCCGGCACCAGCGGAUCCAGGACUUUAACUACACGGACCACACGCUGGGCAAGAUCAUCCUCAACGCCAUGAAUGAGACCAACUUCUUCGGAGUCACGGGUCAAGUUGUAUUCCGGAACGGGGAGAGAAUGGGCACCAUUAAAUUUACUCAAUUUCAAGACAGUAGGGAGGUGAAGGUCGGGGAGUACAACGCCGUGGCUGACACUCUGGAGAUCAUCAAUGACACCAUCAGGUUCCAAGGAUCCGAGCCGCCCAAGGACAAGACCAUCAUCCUGGAGCAGCUACGGAAGAUCUCCCUCCCGCUCUAUAGCAUCCUCUCGGCCCUCACCAUCCUGGGUAUGAUCAUGGCCAGCGCCUUCCUCUUCUUCAACAUCAAGAACCGGAACCAGAAGCUGAUCAAGAUGUCAAGCCCCUACAUGAACAACCUCAUCAUCCUGGGUGGAAUGCUGUCCUACGCAUCCAUAUUCCUCUUUGGCCUGGACGGAUCCUUCGUUUCAGAAAAGACCUUUGAAACGCUCUGCACAGUCCGGACCUGGAUUCUCACUGUGGGCUACACAACCGCCUUUGGGGCAAUGUUUGCAAAGACAUGGAGGGUCCACGCCAUCUUCAAAAAUGUGAAAAUGAAAAAGAAGAUCAUCAAAGACCAGAAGCUGCUUGUGAUCGUGGGGGGCAUGCUGCUGAUCGACCUGUGCAUCCUGAUCUGCUGGCAGGCUGUGGACCCCCUUCGGAGGACGGUGGAGAGGUACAGCAUGGAGCCGGACCCAGCAGGCCGGGACAUCUCCAUCCGCCCACUGCUGGAGCACUGUGAGAACACCCACAUGACCAUCUGGCUCGGCAUUGUCUACGCCUACAAGGGGCUCCUCAUGCUGUUUGGUUGUUUCUUAGCCUGGGAGACCCGCAACGUGAGCAUCCCUGCGCUCAACGACAGCAAGUACAUUGGCAUGAGCGUCUACAAUGUGGGGAUCAUGUGCAUCAUCGGGGCUGCUGUCUCCUUUCUGACCCGCGACCAACCCAACGUGCAGUUCUGCAUUGUGGCUCUGGUCAUCAUCUUCUGCAGCACCAUCACCCUCUGCCUGGUGUUUGUGCCAAAGCUCAUCACUCUGAGAACGAACCCCGACGCAGCCACUCAGAACAGGCGAUUCCAGUUCACCCAGAAUCAGAAGAAAGAAGACUCAAAAACAUCCACCUCAGUGACCAGCGUGAACCAGGCCAGCACGUCCCGCCUGGAGGGCCUGCAGUCAGAAAACCACCGCCUGCGGAUGAAGAUCACAGAACUGGACAAAGACUUGGAGGAAGUGACCAUGCAGCUGCAAGACACACCGGAAAAGACCACCUAUAUUAAACAGAACCACUACCAAGAGCUCAAUGACAUCCUCAACCUGGGCAACUUCACAGAGAGCACAGAUGGAGGAAAGGCCAUUUUAAAAAAUCACCUCGAUCAAAAUCCUCAGCUACAGUGGAACACCACAGAGCCCUCUCGAACAUGCAAAGAUCCCAUAGAAGAUAUCAACUCCCCAGAACACAUCCAGCGCCGGCUGUCCCUCCAGCUCCCCAUCCUCCACCACGCCUACCUCCCAUCCAUCGGAGGCGUGGACGCCAGCUGUGUCAGCCCGUGUGUCAGCCCCACUGCCAGCCCCCGCCACAGACACGUGCCACCAUCCUUCCGAGUCAUGGUCUCGGGCCUGUAGACGUGGGAGGCCUGGGGUCAGGGCCUCCCCAGGGACAGCACCACGCUGGGCAGAGGCGUCUGCCACGGGCACACUGUGGGCGAAUUGCUGAGCACCAUGCUGCCUCUCGGAACUGCCUGGACGACACUCGAGUGGGACAGGACAGAGGACUUGAUCCUGACCUCGAGCCUUACUUGUGAAGUUCUAAGUCUUUCACUAAGAAGGAGAAUGGAAAUGACUUCUUCCUUACUAUCUGCAAACAAGGAGGAGCUGGGAUGUUUGAAACUUGCAAAAACAAAAACACUUCCAGACAAGGAGAGAGGCCUCAAAUUCCAGCCAGGUUCGACGAGUGGCCAUGAGUCGCCUCGAGAGGAGGCAAGGGCUCUGGAGGAAUGACCUCUGCGUUCUGCACACAUGUCAUCGGAGGUGGCCCCUCCAGCCCUUCUCCACUCCUGGGGAGGAGGUCAGCCGGGCCACUAGGUCCCUAGCAGCCAGCCCAGUCCACCCCAGCCUCCCUGAAACAGGGAGUUGGCAGGGAGGGUAGACAGGCAUGCUUCCCCCCACCUAGGGGACCUCCACCACCAGAGAGUUGUUUGUUACUCUCUGAUAAAUGCCACACAUUAACACGAUAACACCCGUUCUGGGGACCGUGGGGAUUUAGGGCACGUCACUGCAGACACACUCUGCAGCAUUCACCGACAGUCUGUCACACCCACUGUGUCGGCCACGUCGUUGUGUUCAUAUCGAGGGCUCCCUAUAAUAAGGGGGACCAUCUGAGCUAGUCAUGGAAUGUCUACUCCCAGCAAACACCAUGAAGAAAGAUUGUGCACUUUAACCUCUCCCAUCAGGGCCCAAGGGCUGCUGGGAUUUUCUUUUUCUUUCCCCACUGACUUUGUUUCUGACCAAAGUGAAUCAGGGGCAUUCUGUUCAAAGUCCUCCCUGUGUACUGAGGGAGAGAGCUGCUGGCCCAGGGUUUCUCCUGCCUUCCAGAAGACAGCCUUCCAUCCACCCACUCCCGCACUGGUGAGCUCUCCCCUUGAGUUUCACUGAGGCGAUCAGCCAGCACAUUGAUUCUCAUCCAUCUCAUCAUUCUUCCCUUGUAAUUGAACCCUGAGGAGCACUGGCCUGGGAGUCAGGCAGACCUGGGUUUGCAUCCUCAGUCCCCUUCGACUCCCUAUCUGACCUUGGGCAAGUCACCAGUGUCUCUCUGAGCCUCAGUUUCCCCUCUGUAACAGAUUGGGGUUGAAAUAACACCCAUCAUGCCUACCUCACAGGGUCAUUCUGAGGAUGGACACUUGUUCUCAUCCAGGAAAGUUUUGCACCAAACCAUGAAGCAUCCCGGACCCGUGAGGUAUUGUGUGACCGUGACCUUCAGCCUUCCUACAAGCUGGGGGUGUCAUGUGGCCCAGAGAAGUUUCCAGCACAGCCCUCUGCCUGGAACAGCCCAGCUGGAGGGAGGCUCCCAGUGACUUUUCUGACAUUCCUAGACAGGUUCAUUCUUUGCUAAAGAAAAGCCUAAAAUGACAGUGUCCAGGAUGUCCGCACAACCGAGCGGUUUGCUCACUCCCUAAAGAAUCCUAAUGGCAGCUUCAACAGGCAGGCAAUAAUCUCUUCCCAGAACCACUGCAGUCAGGAACACACUGUUGUCACCACUAGGCUGUGACAAAGGGCCCAAGGGAGUCACCAUCGCCAACAUUUCCAAGCACCCUAGUUCACGUAGCUUAGUUUUCCCCUCCCCGCUCAACGAGAAGUUACAGAGGUACUGUAGCUUUGGAGGGGCGGCACGUCAACACAUCACAGGUCCAGUUGAAGUCCUCUGUUCAGGCACUAGAAUACCGUGUUUCCACUCACUGUGUACUACCAGUAUUUACUUGCUUUCUUGAUUUCACCAAAACCUGAUUUAAUUUAAAGAAUCACGUUAAUUUUUCAAAGGGAAAGAGACAAUUAAUUGUACAUAAUGUAUACACACACAAAAAUACCUGUAGAAAUAUUACUCCAACAUAGCAGGAAACAAACAAACAAAAGUAUUGGACUGUCGGAGGUGAGCGUGUGUUUGUAACCCCUUGUGACUCCAAAACGUGCUGUCCUCUAGGUUAAUCCACAAGGUACAUUCUCUGUCUACUGAUUCUGUAGAUCCACCCAUUUGGGUUUUGUUUUGUUUUUGUUUUUUAAUUUCCCUACAAUUAAUAAGCCCCACAGAAGUGACUCUAGCUAUCUAAUGGUUCUGUUCUUUUAUAUGCAGCAAAACACACGGUCCAUUUCCAAGAGGCUUCGGCCCAAAGGCAUCUUCCAACGAUGUUAGUGCACAAAACGCUUUCAAUUAGACUGGAACUGCCAGAAACAAAUGUAAAUGAGGAGUUUCUCUCACCCCUACUGCAUGGUAUCAAUUUUUAAUAAAUUGUUGCAAAUUUGUUUUUAUGAAUAAAAGGAAAGAACUGUCAUAUUUCA